AUGUAUCUCUCUCUCAGUGGUUCGGAGGUGAACCAAUAUUAUCACAUCAUCUUCAGAUGCAGAGUCACUGGGCCACUGGGCCAAACCAGGACGGUGAACCCCGCGACCAACGAACCGGAAGACCCGCAGGAUUUCCCCAAACCCUCCUGCAUCAGUGAGACCGAUAACUACAGGGAAUCCACGGCCCUGACGAAGAAACUCAUGGCUUUGAAGGGUAAAGGCGAGUCCAAGACUGUGGCCAUCAUUGGUGGCGGCCUGUCAGGCAGUGUCCGUGGUGAGCGUGGCCUCUCCUGUGCCAAGUAUUUGGUGGAUGCCGGUCAUAAGCCAAUUGUGCUAGAGGCUCGGGACUGUUUGGGUGGAAAGGUUUCGGCCUGGAAAGAUAAGGAUGGGGACUGGAUUGAGACAGGUUUACACAUCUUUUUCGGCGCCUAUCCCAACAUGAUGAAUAUCUUUUCGGAGCUGGAUAUUGAAGACCGGUUGCAGUGGAAACGGCACCAGAUGAUCUUUGCCAUGCAGGAGUUGCCUGGAGAGUUUACGACCUUCGAUUUUUUGGAGGGCAUCCCGGCACCCUUCAACUUUGCCCUGUCCAUUCUGCUGAAUCAGAAGAUGUUGACCUUGCCCGAGAAGCUUCAGACAGCUCCAGCCCUGCUGCCCAUGCUGGUGGAAGGUCAGAAGUUCAUCGAUUUGCAAGAUGAACUCUCCGUAUUCAAUUUCAUGGAGAAGUACGGCAUGCCAGACAGGAUCAACACGGAGGUCUUCAUCGCCAUGGCCAAGGCCCUGGAUUUCAUCGACCCCGAGAAGUUGUCCAUGACGGUGGUGCUCACAGCCAUGAAUCGCUUCCUCAACGAAACCGAUGGUCUACAGAUGGCCUUUAUCGAUGGGAACCAAACCGAACGUUUGUGCGAACCCAUGAAGCAAUACAUCGAGGAACGAGGUGGCCAGGUGUUGCUGAACCAGCCUUUGGCCAGUAUCGAAACCAAUGAGGAUGGUUCGGUGAAAUGCUUCAAGAUGCGCGAUGGAAAGGAGAUCGUGGCAGAUGAAUACGUUUCCUCGGUGCCUUGUGACAUCAUGAAGCGCAUCCUUCCCCGGGCCUGGUCGACGGAUCCCUUCUUCCGACAGAUCGAUGAGUUGGAGGGGAUCCCAGUGAUCAACAUCCACCUUUGGUUCGAUCGCAAGCUCCUGAAUGUGAACCACCUCUGCUUCAGCCGCAGUCCGUUGCUGUCCGUCUACGCGGAUAUGAGCACUUGCUGCAAAGAGUACGAAGAUGAGGACAAGUCGAUGUUGGAACUGGUCUUCGCGCCUUGUUCGCCCAUCGCCGGUGGAGGUGUCAAUUGGAUGGGUAAGAGCGAUGAGGAAAUCGUGGCAGCCACCAUGAAGGAGCUGGAACGGCUCUUCCCCACGGAAAUUGGUGAAGAUUUGCCUGACGGCGGCGCCAAACUGCUGAAGCACGCCGUGGUAAAGGUGCCACGAAGUGUCUAUGCGGCCGUCCCAGGGCGAAAUAAGUUCCGCCCCUCGCAGGAGACCCCCAUCAAGAAUUUCACCUUGGCAGGCGAUUGGACCAGCCAGAAGUUCUUGGGAAGCAUGGAGGGUGCCAUCUUUGCUGGCAAGCUGGCUGCGGAGGUAGUGGCCUGCAAGGCAGCUGGCGAACCAACCAAGGGCUUGAAGGAGAUCGAUGCCUCUAUUUUGGCGAAGAAAGAUUCCUUCGUGCCUGAAGAUCCCAUGGGCGUCAAGGGCAAGACGCCCAUCGCCUUCGGUGGGGGCGAGGUCCUGGGAAGUGGCUUCGAUGCUGGGCCGAACUCGGGCGUUUUUGGUGGAUUUCGUGGUGAUUUCGGAUUUCGUGGGGAUUUCAUGGGGAUGUGA